UCGUUGUGAAGUAUGGUAGCGCUGUAGCUGUGAAACAUCUGCAGCUCACUACAAAGAUCCUGAUCCUUCCCACCAGAACCUGAAUCUGAAGCUUUGAUCCUGGUGGCUCCAAGAGUGCAGGCUUGGCUACUAGGGCUGCGGACAGGCUGGGCAGGGGACAAGAAGGGGACCAGCAUGGCAUGUCCCACCAUCUGACACUUAAACCUUCAAGCCUUGGAUCAAGAUCCCUGCUUGCAUCCUCUACCAAAAAGCCAUCAAGAAAUGAAAACUAUGCUGCCUGCUCACAUAAACAGCAGCAGCAGCAGGUGGCCCAGUUAGCUGUGACUCACUGGGAGCUGAGAUGUCACUGGUGCAGCACUGGCAGGGAAGCCAGAAACCCUGGUCUCUGUUGAAGCAGUCAUAUUGGACUGGAGAGGACACAGCCUCAUGGUUCCAGAUGGGGAUACAUGUGCUCUGCUCCCCCUUGCUGCUGGCAGCCACCCUGGCCCCAAUACAGACCCGAGCAGCGAUGCAGAGAAUCCGAGAUAUGAGACUGUGGCGCCUUGGAUGGAGCGGGAGGGGCCGGAUUAUUGGGAGAGGCAGACACGGAUCGCCAGGGACAAUGAGCAGAUUUACCGAGGGAACCUGAGGACCCUGCUAGGUUACCACAACCAGAGUGAGGGCGGCUCUCACACCUUCCAGCAUCUGUCUGGCUGUCACGUGGGGUCGGACGGACGCCUCCAGCGUGGUUAUGAACAUUUCGCCUAUGAUGGCAACGAUUACAUCGCCCUGAACGACGACCUGAGGACUUGGUCAGCAGCAGACACAGUGGCACAGAUCACCUGGCUCAAAUGGGAGCAGGAUGGUACUGCAGAGAGACACAGGGCUUACCCGGAGAGCACCUGCAUGGAGUUGCUCCUCAGACACCUGGAGACCGGGAAGGAGCAGCUGCUGCACACAGGUACAGGGGCAGCAGGCAAAUCCUUCCUCUGACCUCGGGUGGGCUGAAUCCUGAGGAAGAAG